CCCAGGGGUAGGCCAUUUUUAAUGAUGACGGGUGACCGAACCAGCCUUCAGAGUAUUUUCUGCCCUACUUCAGACUUUACUUGUGGCGUGACCACGUUCGUUAUAGUCUCAAAGGAGAAAAAAAAAAAAGCUUGUAAAAAACAAAACAAGCUCUCUCGAACCGGGCGGCCUCAUCCGUGAAAACGCAGCAAUGGCCAAGAUUAAGGCACGUGACCUGCACGGCAAGAAGAAGGAGGAGCUGUUGAAACAACUGGACGAUCUGAAGGUGGAACCGUCCCAGUUUCGCAUAGCCAAAGUGACAGGCGGCGCCAUGUCCAAGCUCUCCAAGAUACGAGUCCUACGCAAAUCCAUCGCACGGGUCCUCACUGUCAUUAAUCAGAUUCAAAAGGAAAACCUCAGGAAAUUCUACAAGGGAAAGAAGUACAAGCCCCUGGACCUGCGACCCAAGAAGACGAGAGCCAUGCGCCGCCGGCUCACCAAGCUUGAAGAGAGGCUGGAGACCAAGAAACAGCAGCGGAAGGAGCGGCUGUACCCACUUCGCAAGUGCGCAGUCAAGGCCUGAGACGACAACAAUGACAAGAAAGUCCAAAACUGACAAAACAAAACAAAACAAAACAAAAACAACAAUGAAAAAAUAAUCUUAUUCCGAGCAUUCCAGUAACUUUUUUGUGUAUGUACCUAGCUGUGCUGUAUGUAGGUUUGAGAUGGUUAAAAGGAAAAGAUUAUUUUUCUGUUUCCUUAUCUAUAAAGUUGCUGUUU